UUCAGUCCCACUCUCCCAACAGCUUGUUCUCUCUUCUCUUUCAGUAGUCUACAGCUAGGGAAAGCUUUCUACUUCAUAAUCCAUCACUGUCUUCGUCUAGCAUCAAAAUUAACAUGGCUAUUGUCUACGGAUUCCCCACGGUGGCUUCCACAGUAGCAGCAGCGUUUGCAAUUAUCGCUAUCAUUCUUGGAGCGCUGUCCUGGUCUCGUACAGCUUCACUUUACCUUCCCCUUCCUGAUUGGGUUCCAGCCAUCGCCACCCUCUUGCCUCCUCUUACAGCACUGGCGCUGUAUCUUGCCAAUCAACUAGCCCAACCUGCAGCAGCAGACAACCGCCAGUCAUCUAGCCCUUGGCGAAGACUCUUCCCCGUCAUCAACCACCUCCAAUCCAUCAUAACCACAGUCAUCGCCACCGUGGCCCUCGCCUAUCUAUACCCAGAGAGCGUCACAACCUGCCGACUGGAGCAGGAAUGGCAGUCAUACUUCCGCGCGAAAGAUGCUCAACCGAUCCGUGCUAUUCAGGACGAAUUCCGCUGCUGCGGAUUUCGGAGUAUCCAUGACCGAGCAUGGCCGUUCAAGGACAAGACCACCGGGGAUGAUGCUUGUGAGGUACAAUUCAAUUACGGGACAAGCUGUCUGGUCCCGUGGAGACAGCAGCAGCAGAGUGCUUCAUGGAUGGUUUUUGCAGCUGCUAUCUUGACCCUACUCAUGAAGGUCUGUGUUGCAUUAUAUCAGGCCCUGCGUCAGCGACCGAGCUGGAUGACAAUGCAAUUUGGCAGACAGGCACGCAGUCAGCAGCGGAUCACGCACGCUGCGCUGGAGGACGAAGACGCCAAUGAUGACGCGGAGGAGGGGCAGCGGGGAGCGUUCCUGCCUCGUGCGGGUCCAAGGUUUGACAAUGAGUGGAAUGAUCGGUAGAUCGCUUUUCUGAGGGCUGACUGGUCCGUGGUUGCAAUCAAUCACAGGGUUGUUUGCAGCUUGGUAGCUGAGAUUCCUGCCAUUCACGCACUAAUGCAACUAAGAUGAACCGGUACUGGUACGAGCAGUGACAAAACCAACGAGAAGAAUCUAGUGUAUUACAUUCGCAGUCGUCUUUUUCAAACUCAAAACAGGUUACGACUAGUUGUAGAGACACAUAUAUUACAUUAUU